AAAUGAUUUAUGCUAUUUCAUAUCUGAAUUAAGUUUAUUAAAUAGAUGUUCUCAAUCAAAAAAUGAACAGUUUAAUGAUAAGAUUAAACUCUAUAAUUUCUAUUUCACAGAUUGGUAGCUAUAAUAUCUAUCAGACAUCUUAAGAAAUAAUAUUCUAAAAUAUGAAUAAGCUCAAUUCAGUUUAUUAGAUCAUACCUAUUUCUUCGCAUUAAUUAGAGAUAGUGCAGCUUUCUCAAGCCUAAGACAUACUUCAGAAUUUUAAACUAAUAUUAAUAACUUUUCCUAUAUAAAUAUGUGUCUUAACAGGAAGUUUCGAUGGCUAAAAUUUAAAAUACUCUGAAAAGUAGUGUUCAUCCCAGCUUAAUUAUAAAAUUAGUUCUACUUUAUAGAUUAAUGAAAAUAUAACUUUAAUACUGCAUACUAAUGGAAUGAUAAGUAUUAUCAAUAACAAUAUAAACACAGCUGGAAUAGCUGAAAUUUUACUUUAAUAAUAAUGCCAUAAUAAAAAAUAUUACAUAUAAAAUCUGCAAAAUUAUAAAAUUUCUAAUUCUACAACAGAAAUUUAAUACUUUUUAACUUAUUCGAUUGAUCUAUCUAUAAAAUUGUUGUAGUUAACAAUUAAUAAAACUAAGAAUUAAUACAAGCUAAAUCAAAUUUAUUUCUAAUAAUUUGAUAACAAGAUACUACAUGUUAUAUUAACAAAUGACUAAAAAUAUGUAAUAGUAGGUCUUUUGAAUGAAAGAAAUAUCUAGAAAAUCUGUAUUUAUUGCCAGAUAAAUAACACAACUUUAAUAUUUUAAAGCUUUUUCUAGCUCCCUUUUUCCAGAAGCAAGUACUAAAUUCAAUUAUAUGAGAAAUAAAACUAUCUACUAGUUUUUUCAAGCUAAAUGUUCAUACUUUUUGAUUUUUUAAUAACAAAUCCUCUUUUUAUCUCUACACAAAGUUAUCUCAAUAACUUAAUAGCUGAUAUAUAAGUAGUAAGCAGUAAUUAAAUUGUCAUUUCAACUUAAAAUAAUGUAUAACUACUUAAUUUAGAUUUUUAAUCAUACAAAUACAGCUUUUAUGGAGCAACAACCCAGCUUUUUAUUUAGCAAAAUUAAAACCUAAAAAUUUUCUUUGCAAAUAUCGAAACAAAUCCUUUAGACCAAUCUUAUUAUGUAUUUAAUUUGAUUGGUUAUGAUUUAGGAUUGAACGAUGUGGUAUUUUACAAGAUACCAAUUAUCAGUAGCAAUGAAAAUUAUGCUUGCUUAGAAGUUUUUGAAAAUCCUACUCAAAUCAUGAUAUAAAAGAAAAUAGAUGGAUACUAACAACUUCAAAAUUCUCUUACCGUUCAAGUUAAAAAUUACCAAUUUUAAUUGGAAUUCACUUAAAACCUUCUUAAUUAAAAUAAUACUUACAUUCAAACUGCUUAUCCAAUAAUAAUACCUCACUAAUCAAAUAAUUUAAAACAAUAACUUAUAUUCACUGGUGAAAAAAUUUAUUUAGAUAAAAUAGAUUUUAUUAGCAUAUAAUGUGUUGAUUCAGAGUUUAACCUAAGUCGCAUUCAGGAAUUGCAGCUUUUAUUUCUUAGUACCCGAUUUGUAGUUAAAAUAGUACAAAGUAUCAAUAAUCCAAAACAAUAAUAUUGA